AUGACUGCGCCAUCAACCCUCCCAGCCGGCUCUAAGCUCUGGCUUCUGGACUUGGGAAUCCUUGAUAUUGACGCGUCAUACGUUCUUUCGGGGGCAAAUGUCCCCCCCCGUCUCCUAUAUCACCCAGACAAGGGCCUCGUGCUUUUUGACACGGGAUCUCGGGAGGAUAUCAUCAAGUCGUGGGACAAGGAGUUCCUCGAAUGUGCUCCACGUGUGUGGGAAAGAGGCAUUCAUUCUCUGCCUGCAGCUAUCAAAGCUACCGGUGCAGGUCAGAUCAGUGAUGUCAAGGCAGUCGUUCUGAGCCACCUUCAUAUGGACCAUGCUGGAGGGUUGGAGCAUUUUUUCGGCACCGACGUCGAGAUUUGGUGCCACGAGUCCGAACUCAAAAAUGCUUUUUGGUCAUCCGCCACUGGCAUUGAUGGCGGCCUCUUCCUUCCGGAUUAUCUGAGAGCAGACCUUUUGAAUUGGAAGACUGUCUCAGAGGAAAAAGUGGAGCUCUGGCAAGGAUUUACUCUGCACAGAUGCCCUGGACAUACUGAAGGGUCCCUGGUCCUAGAACUCACGUUUCCAGUCUCCGGUACUGUGAUUCUGACUGGUGACGUUUUCCAUGUCAAAGAAAAUUAUGAGGAUGGACGACCGCAAGGCUUCCUCAUGAGAGAUUACUCUCAGUGGUUCAGAAGUCGGAACUACGUGAGAAGGCUAGUACAGCGGAAAAAUGCAAAGGUUUGCUUAGGUCAUGAGAAAAGCUACUUUGAUAUGUUUGAGAAAAGCCCUAAGUUUUUGACUUAA